AUGGAUUCUUACGAGCAAAACAGCAGAUCACCAACUCCGCCAAUUGACGAUACGUUUUCAGAAGAGUUUUCCGACGAAAUGCAAGAUUCCUUGAACCCACCAGCGAUAGAUCUUUACGGAGUAUUGAACGUGCCCAAAGAGGCAACAGACGAACAGAUUAAGGAAUCAUAUAAGCGUUUGUGCAGAACAUUUCAUCCGGAUAAACACGUAGAUCCGGAAAAUAAGAGAGCUGCUGAAACCAAAUUUCAAGUGAUACAGCGAGCAUAUGAAGUCUUAACGGAUCCUACCAAGAGAACAAUAUAUGAUAUGUUUGGAGAAGAAGGAUUAAACACCUCAUGGGAAGUCGGGACCCGGUUGAAAACUCCACAAGAAUUAAGAGAAGAAUUUGAAAGGCAAGCAAAAUUAAAGAAAGAGCAUGAAAUAGAAAAUCUCGUGAAAUCAAAAGGUGACAUUCAGCUGAGUAUUGAUGCAACUCAGUUAUUUGAUCCGUACGAUGGCGUAUCCCAUCGACGCGAAAAUAUAAUUAGUCCUUCAAGUAUUUUUGAAAAAAUUGAGAUCACCCAAUUAUUUAUGAAGCAUUCAUUUGAAACCCAAUUAAAACCGCAAACACAAGGCUUCGUCGUUGGACAAACUAUUCUAAGAAAUGGAGUUGGUGGUGGGAAUAUUGUCGGAAGCAUACGACACACAUUUUCGCCGCACUUUUGGGCCGAAGUCGGAUCUUCGGUAGUUCAACCAAGAAUCACGACUGCAAAAGCAAAUUAUAGUUUUGGCUCUAAUGGUUUUUUUACAGUGACUGCGCAAUCUCAAACGAUCAGUUCUCCACCAAUUUUAUCUUUUACGGCUGGUCGACGUCUCGGCGAAAAUACAUCUGGAUACCUUUCAUACAAAACUGGUGCGUGGGCCUUGGGCCCUUGGGGCCAAAAUGAAUCUUAUUCUCGUCGUGAAAGGUCAUCAGUAGCUAUUGGAAUUAAUAGUUCCAUGGAAAAGUCCGGAUAUGGUUUGGAAAUCCAGGCAUGUGAUAACUCUCUUAUGUUAGGCAUACGUUUUGUCAUAUCGAUCAAAGUUUUAAAUUUGCGAUUUAUUUCAAAGACCGGUUUGGCGCAUUCAUAUAUUUCGGCAAAUUACAAUCGCAAAUUAUUCGAUAUUUAUCAAAUCAGAGCAGUAACUACUUUAUCAACAUCGAGCGGUCUUACUGCAAUUCUCCUUGGUGAACGCAAGGUUGCGGAGAACACAAAGUUGGCGAUGGCUAUGGAGUUCGGAAUCCCUGGUGGGAUCACUCUUAGAUGCAGGUUAUCUCGUUUAGGACAAAGGAUUACAGUUCCAAUUCAUGUAUCGUCAGAAUAUAACUUCAACAUUGCAUUAUGGGGGACUUUGUUACCCGUGAUAACAAUUGUCGCUGUUGAACAAAUAAUUUUAGGACCAAGACGCAAGAAGAAGGCAGCUAAGAAAUUAGCCAUUCUUCGCGAACGCCAUGCAGAAUUCAUUUCUACUCGUAAACGUGAGGCCGAAGAGGCCAUAAGACUUUUACAGCCUUCCGUAGAACGUAAGGUAGAGGCUGAAAUGACGAAGGAUAACGGUCUUAUCAUCCUAGAGGCCUGGUACGGCAAUUUUUCACAUAUAAAAGAGGCUUCGGCAGAAAAUCAUUAUGAAGACGUUAUUGAUGUCAAAAUACCGAUUCAGGCACUGGUAUUUGAAUCACAAUUAAUCAUUCCCGGAGGCUGUUCUAAGUCGAAUAUCAUUGGAUUUUAUGAUCCAUGUAUGGGUGAACGCAAACAACUAAAAAUCAAAUAUCAUUUUCAACGCAAACUUCAUGAAGUUAUAGUAGAAGAUAAAACUCCUGUAGCAUGCCCUUUAAGAUCCCACAUUGUUCCAAAUAACCGAUAA